AUGAGAGUGGAGGUGAAGGUCCUUACCACGCUAAAGGAUCAGUUUGGAGGCAUGGAGGCCAAUGAAAAUCGCAAUGUAAAUUCCAGUGUGCUACAAAAUGCAAGUGCUUCUCUUGCCACCCCCAGACCCAUCAAUAAGCCAACUCCGAAUUCAAUAAAUUCAUCUGCCAAUCCUCGUAACAAUGAGCCCCCAAUGUCGAAUAAAGCUAUCGUGCCUCAUCUUCCUGACACCCUGACCAACAUCACCCAACCUAACCUAGUGGAUCCUUUCAAUGGAGCUCAAGACCAACCACCAUCUAUUUGUGAGGGUGGAGGAAAGGUGUCCAGGGAUGCUAUUGUCAUGCUAAUGCAAAAGAAGCACAGUACCUAUGCUGGUGAUCACACUGUGGAUAUUGCAGGCCCCUUGCUUUCACUGCAAAGUGCCUACAAAGCAGUUCAAGCAGCAGACGUCUUGUUGUGGCAUGAAGGAGAGUUUGCUUUGUCAGAAAUUCCAGUGGACAGGCUCCAGGGGAUGAACGUGAGACUUUGUAAUCUGAAGAAUGCAAAAGGGGUUUGGGGUCCUCCUCCCAAUGCUGAGGUUCCUCCAAAAAGUCCUGAAAUGCCGUGGUCUGUGGGAUACCGGAACAUGAUUCGCUUCUAUGCUGUCACCAUAUGGGAUGUGCUGUCUGAGCUGGGUUAUGAUUAUGUCAUGAGGCUGGAUGAUGACUCCAAUUUCAUGUCACCCAUUGCAUACAACUUGUUUGAUGCUUUACGCAGCCAGAAUGCCAUAUAUGGAUUCAGGCAGGAGGCAGAGGAGUGUGGUUCCACAAGGUUUGGUCCAUUCAUUGAUCGUUUCAUAAAAAAGAAUAAGAUUGUCCCCAAAUAUGGUGCAAUCGAGGGAUCCUACUGCAAGAGCCAGCUUGGUCGAUAUGGCUACUACAACAACUUUUUUAUCAGCAGAGUCUCCUGGUGGCAUGAACCACUACCAUCCCAGCUUGUCCACAAGUUUGAUGAGUCAAGCCUCAUUUACACUCACCGUGAUAAUGACUUGAUCUUCCAAACAGCUGUUGUCAAGCUGUUUGCGGAGCCCCAAGAGGUCUUGAAGUAUGUUGACUGGACAUAUGCACAUGUUACUGUCAACAAUGGUGAAUAUUUGUAUGGUGGCGUUUCCUUUGGUACUGAAGACCCAGACAACGAGAACCAGCAAAGAGACAAGUUCUUAGAUUGGAUGGCCAAGCGAUGGCACAUCAAAGGAAGUGGUAUCAGUAACAUGAAGCGUCCCAUUGGCAAGCUUUUGAACCUAAAGAGAUGCCCUGUAACAAAUCGGCUAUGUGCUUUUUCGAACUGCACCAAGUCAGGAGAGCAUGUAAAAGAAAACCAGAUAGGCCCUAGGCGUGCGGCUGCACCAGCAUGCAGCUCCUGA